CAAAGCUCCAAUUCAAAUCAACAAAGAACAGGAGUUAACCAGAAACCAAUCAACGAUGGCAUUUGCUCUCUCUGAAGAAUCAAAGGAACGUAUCUCAAAGAUCCUCGACUCUGCCCGUGUCAUUGCACACUACGGGUGGAUCCCAUUUGUCCUAUAUCUGGGCUGGAUCCAAACUCCAAACAGACCACCGCUCUUAGCUCUCUUGUCCCCAUUGCCAUCAGUCUAAAGCGUUGUCGCUUUGAUUGAGUGAUGAUAUCAUGAAAAGAAAAAAACGAAUAUAAAAGAUGAUAUUACACGAUGAGAGUAAUAUGUAUAUAGUAUUGUUAUUAGUAUGUGGAUGUACCUGC